GAUUCCGAUUCCGAACCCGAAUCCGCUCAGAGUGGAUUCGUCUUUUGGCCCAUUCGGAUGUGGCCACCGCGCGCGCGUUGUCCGCUGACAGUUUUAUUAUUAUUAUUGUUGUUAUUAUUAUUAUUAUUAUUUGGGCCCCGCAGCUAACUCACUUGCCCUUUAAGCCGCGCGUUUCUCGUUCAUUUCGAAGUCAGAGUCAGAGUCGGAGUCGGAUUCGGGUUCGGAUUUCUCGGUUCGAGUGCAUCCACAUCCACACACUAACGGUUGUUGUUGUUGUUGUGUCGUGCAGUGUGCUCCAGUUGCAGUUUUGCGGGAGGUUAGUUCUGCUGUUGAAUAAUCCGCGCGACUCCGCGCAGUGUACGCAAAUUGCAAAGCCUCCCCCAGCACCCCCCGGAGGAGCCCAUUGAGUAACAUAGAUACAAGCCAAUCCAAGAACUGCACUGUCACAGUGUUGGUGUGUGUUCGUGUGGGAGAGGAGAGCGCGAGAGCGAGUAGUGCACGUGUGUGUGUGUGUGUGCCUGAGUGCUUCUGUGUGCGUGUGUGUUAGAAUGCACCUUGUGGUAUUUUGAAAUCUAAAAUUGCCAAACACCGCAGCGCGUUUCUUUUUUUUCGAGAGCAUUGCAAAAGACUCCAGCUGUGCUAAUGCCAAGUCAAAAGGCGAAAAACGAAAACGAAAAGCUGAACAGAACUGACACAAAACAAACUAAAGAAACUGAAAAGCUGAAAAACUUAAAAGCCCACAGAGGCCGAAGAACCAAACUGAGAAGAAUCGAAGAGCCGACAAGAAGAAACUGAAAAAGAAACUGUAAACUGAAAAUUCGGAAGCCAAGGCUGUCGCGGAUGGCCGAAACUCUCAGCACGUCGGCCAGCAGUAUGGAGCUGGCCUUGAAGGACACCAGCCCGACCGUUGGUGGAGGCAUCAUUGUGGACAUGACGCCCACUACGGCGGCCCUGCUUCACCACAACGCGAUGGCGCUGCGCAGCCUCAAGGAGGCGGCCUCGUCCGCCUCCGCUUCGGAGUCGGAACUACAGGAGCCCCGCUCGCCGACGCCCACGCCCACGAAUCUCAGCACCGGGCCGCACUCGCCGCCCAUGACGUUUCGAUGCGAGCGUUGCGACAGCUUUGAGACCAGCUCACGUGCCUCCCUGCUGCUCCAUGUCGUCCAGUGCCUGGCGGGUCAGGCGGCGGCGGCUGCUGUGGCGGCGCGCCUCAAGAGCGAGGACCUACGAGGCGAAGAGCCGGAGAACAUGAGCCUGGGUCACAUGGAGGGUGGCGUCAAGGGGGAAACGGGCAACGGAUCCAGCUCUUCGGCUAGCUCCUCGCCAGCGGGCAAUAGCGGUGGCGGAGGCGGCGGCAGCGGUGGGGGCAGCAACAGCAGCUCCCGCAAGGUCUUUGAGUGUGACGUCUGCAACAUGAAGUUCUCCAACGGCGCCAACAUGCGACGCCACAAGAUGCGACACACAGGCGUGAAGCCGUACGAGUGCCGGGUCUGCCAGAAGCGAUUCUUCCGCAAGGACCACUUGGCGGAGCACUUUACCACGCACACGAAGACGCUGCCGUACCACUGCCCGAUCUGCAACAGGGGCUUCCAGCGCCAGAUCGCGAUGCGUGCCCACUUCCAGAACGAGCAUGUGGGCCAGCACGACCUGGUGAAGACGUGUCCGCUGUGUAGCUACCGGGCCGGCUCAAUGAAGUCCCUGCGGAUCCACUUCUUCAACCGACACGGCAUCGAUCUGGACAACCCCGGACCGGGCGGCACCUCCUCCCUGCUCUUGGCUCUGGAAUCUCAGGCCUCGGCGGCAGCAGCAGCAGCAGCGGCUAGUUACGUUCCGCCUGGACUCAGUCCUGUACCGGUGCAAUCUCAAUCCCAGCAACAGCAGCAGCAGCAUCAGCCGCCUCAGGUGGCGCCGCCGGCCAGCGACAGCGGGGAAUCGAUGCGAUCCCUGGAGAACGCCACGCCCCCGAUGCACUUCCUCACGCCGCAUGUGGAGAUCUCGACGCUGGGCGAGAGCGGCAAUACGGAGCUUUUCAAUCUGAUUUGCGUUUGGCGUGAAUCUGCAUUACAGGCAAACAACAACAACAACAAUAACAACUGUGUUACCAACAAUAACAACAACAUUAGCGGGAGCAACAACAACAACUGCAGCAGCAAUAAUAAUAAUAACAACAACAGCAACAGCAGCUCGAUUAGCAAUGGAAAUGGUGUCGAGUCCAAUGGCGAGAAGGUAAAAGAUCGCGCUCUGAUCAUGCAAUCGCCAGUGGAGUUACCCAUGGAUUGCAACACAAAGGCCACACCCAUCACGUCCAGCACCACAGCCUCCAGCCUGAGUGCGAGUCUCAAGAGCCACCACCAUCCACAUCCGCACCACCAGCAUCCGCAUCCGCACCACCAUCAUCUCCACGAGAAUCACAUAACGCCGUCGAUCAGUUUGAUACCCAUCAAACAGGAGCCCAUGGCCGAGGAUGUGGACAAGAAGGAUCUGAUGAAUGGCAGUGAUCCCAGCAGCGACACCGAGCAGGCUUCCAACAACAACACCAACAGCAGCAGCAACAACAACAGAAUCACCUCACUGAUCAAGGUCUCGCCACUGAAGUCACUUCUGCGGGAGGAUCUUAAGCGACGCAUCUGCGCCAAGGCCAACAACCGAAUCACCCGGAACGCCACACCAUUGGAGAGUAGCAACAACAACAAUAGCGUGCUGUCCAACAGCCUUAGCAAUGGCUCCGGAACAGGUUCUGCCGGGGUAAAUGGCGGCACUGGUGGUGCCGGAGCAGGAGGUGGCGGCGGUGGACCGCCAGCGCCUGCGACUACGAAUGCCAGCAACGGCGCCAACUCGACGCCCAUCUGCAAUGGAACGAUCACGUCGACCGGCCAGGAUGGCGAUUUAAUGCUUAACCGCAAGCUAAUCCUCACCUGCCACUUCUGCGGGAUCGAGUUCCCCGACGAGACGCUGUACUUCCUGCACAAGGGCUGCCACUGCGAGAGCAAUCCGUGGCGAUGCAACAUCUGCGGCGAGCAGAUGAACAAUGUCUACGAGUUCAAUGCGCACCUGCUCAGCAAGAGCCACCAAUAGCAGCCACAGUUGGCCGGCAAGUAGGAGUUGGAGGAGGGAUAGCCAGCUUGCCGGCCCAGGAUCCGGAUGAGGAUCCGGAGACGUGAGGAGCUCGGGGACAAUGCAUCCCCAGCGAAUCAGCGGAUUCAGCAGAUUCAGAAUAUUUACUUAGCUCAAUUUUGAGAGAUUUUCCACAACCAGGCACACAGUUAAGCUCAGAGCAAAUUAUACACUUACCAUCUAGUUCUACGUUUACACUUACGUCUACGUUACAUAUAUAUACACACACAUAUAUAUGUAUAUAUAUAUAGUUAGUUAGAGAUAACUCAUCAUAUUUUUAUGAUCUGCAUGCAGAGAGUACGAAAGAUCAAAUGAGAGCUACGUAGUUACCUAAUCCCUUAACGAGUCGAUGGACGUAAAUACCUUCCCGGAGAGAGAACGGAGCAAAGGAGAGAACCCUGUUAUGUAGUCUUAUUAUGCCUUAGGUUCGUAGUUUAGUCCUUAAGUACUUGGCAAUAAUUUCCAGCCGGUUCAACUGGCCCAGCAACCAGCAACCAACUUACGUUGGUAAGUCCGCUUAAGUCGGUUUUAGUGCAUUAUACAUACAUAUAUAUUAGCUAAGGCUCGCCUCAAAGGUGGCAGUUUAUGGUUUUAGAGACCCUAUACCCUUCCCUAUACCCCCCCACAACACACACACACCACACAUAGAUACAUCUGAUAUAUAUAGUAUAUAUAUACGCCUAUACAGUUUCAGCGAAGGGCUUUAAAUUUGUUAUGUUUUCAGAGUUUAAUGCGACAAGGCAGCAAGUUUAAUUAUACGCUUUAAAGCGGAUAUAAAGCGAGAAGCUAUAUCUAUAUACAAGCGAAUGUUACAUAUACAAGAAUAUAUAGCCAGGUUAUAAACACUCUCUCUCCCUCACAGAGAAAUCGUUUUAAAAGGCGCUCAAAAGAAUGCUAGCAUACUUUCGAGAGCUCUUUUCAAACGAUUUCAAAUCACCGAGAUACAGAUACACAGAUACAGAUUCUUUUAGCUUAGCAAGAGGUUAUCGAAUUAUGAAUUCAAUUAUUAUAUACUCGUACCUUUCACAUACAUAGAUCCUAGUUUCAAUUCGAACUUAUAUCUAACACAAUAACACACACACUGGGGAAACUCCCCCCAUUUUGUGGGCAAAACCUUUCGAAUAUUCGCACAGUGCUGCUCGUCAGUUUGCAUACAACACAGAGAGCGAAGCAUAGGAAAAUUUUACAGAAACAAAAACAAGAGAAGGAAACAACAAGGAAAACAUAAAACAAGCAAGACAAAAACAUGCAAAAAUUACAAUUGUGAUACGAAAUUGUUGUAAAUAAUUGGUAAAUCGAAAUAUGAGUAAAGGGAACUUUAUCGUUUAGACAAGAACUAUGCCUUAGAUGCCUAUGAUAUAGCAUUACAUACAUAUAUAUUACUGAUAUCUACACAUCUGCGAUGAAGAUGAUGAUGAUGAUGCGAGCGAUCACUGUACAAAAACAAAACAAAAACAAAGCAAAACUGGACGACGACUUUAGAGGAGCUGUUGAUUAUAUAGUAUAGUUAACUUUAGUGUAAAUCAAAAUUGCGACAAGUGCCCUUUCCCCCCUCUAUUCCUUGGAUCCCCCGUGCCCCCCUAACCCCCUUUGCUGACGUCACGGGUUGUAUGCAGAGCCAGCAAGGCGCCACUGUGCGCCAAAAAAAAAUUUUUACUUCAGAUUAACAUCCGUCCAUGAUGUUCACAAAACAAAAUUCUAGGGCUGAUAGCGAAAGUAACAACACACUUGUAUCCAUUAAUUACGUAUGUAAAAAGUAGCAGCAGAACAGAGGAAGCGACACACAUUGUUCUUAGGGUAUUCCCCCCCUUAAUUUCUCUUCUUCCACAUCAUCUUUGGUUGUUAUUGAUCUGUACUUUUUAGGUAGCUUUAAUUCUUAGUCGAAGGUUUUUUUUUGUUAAUAUCAUUUUGUUGUUCAUCCCCCCCCGUUGGCAGCACAUAUUUGCACAUUAUGUACAUUACGUUCCCAGACCUUGUUCUAAUUACUACUUAUUAAAUAAAUAAUUAGUUAUGGUAAUCACCGACCCCAGCCCUUAUUUGCUCUAUCUAGCCAAUUCAAGCGUGUAAAAAUGGUUUGUUGUGUUCAGUUAAUAUAUAUUUACCACUUACUUACUUACUUACUCGGUAAUACACUUAGGGCGUAAUUUUGUUUUUGUUUUUAUACGCAUAAACACGCAUCAUAUACACAUAAAAAAAAAAGAGAAAAACUUUGUUAAUAAACUCUAGCGCCUCAAACUGUUAUACGGAAUCAAUCCAUUUCUAAAUCAAACAAAAAACAAAACAAAAACAAGGCGUAUAACGUUGAAUGUAACAAUUGAGCAAUUUUUAGCUGAACUUUCAUGUUAAAUUUUAAUAGAAUUAAAGCGAUAACAGAAACGAAAGAUUAAAAAAAAAAAACAAGAAGGAAAACACCAAAUGGAUUAAGAACAGAAACAAAACAUUUACUUAAUUAGUGAUUAUAAUUCUAGCUACAAACAACAACAACAAAAAGGCAUGUUAAUUUUUUAGA